UCCGCAUCUUCUCGCAUGUCUUCUUCGGCUAGCGGUUUAAAGCAACGACCGUCCGGUAGUAGCUCGGGUAGACGUUCACGGUCACCUGCUACAAGGAGUAGCCCGUCUAAUUGUCUCUAUCCUCGCCUUGAUGCCAACAACGAGUUGUAUCGUGGUGCGGACCAAGAAGAAAGUGAUGAGCAACUGUGCACAGAUGAUUCAUCAUUUUCCAACGAAGAAUAUCGGAAGCGGAUGGGGCGUCUGUUGAAAGAAAAAUAUCCUUUUGAAAAAUCAAAUACGAGAAAUGUUUUAAGACUUCUCGGUGAGAAAUGGAUUGAUAAGGAACCCAUGGAACCUUAUACUUUGCUGAUUGCGGGUUCUAAAGCGAAAGAGUUUGCAGAUGAUAUAAUUGCGGUGUUCACAGAAGUUCGCCAGAGAGGUGAAGUCGACACGAUUGCUUGCAACGAAAAGAAGGAACGUUAUCAGCUUGAUAUCGAAAUUAAUACCUCUUUAUCUAAGCGUAGUAAUACCGUUAUCCUGAAUGAUAUUGAUAGACUUCGGGGUGAUGCGCCUUUAAGUCUCCAUACUCUGUGUGAUCCUGACCACUCAUCCCACCCUACCGCGCUAGUUAUUCUAACAGUUACAAGGCAAGAUAUGGAACCAUACCCAUUGUGUGAGCAAAGACUAUCAAACCUAUUUUUGGAGGAGUGGCAGACUGGAUUUAUGGAUGAGGAUAAGAUCUCUCCAAUUUUGUCUCGUAUCACUUCAUAUAUUAUAUGCUUGGAGGGUUAG